AUGGAUCCCUCAAAAGCCAAGGUACCUCCAAUGAAGGACUUGACCAUCGAUAACAUCACCGAGAACACUAUCCGCAUCAAUUCCCAAAGUUCAGAUCCUCGUCUCACCUACGUCCUCGAGCGGCUGGUCACACACCUUCACGACUUCGCGAGGGAAACAAGACUGAGUACGAAAGAAUGGAUGGCUGCAUUGGAAUUCCUGACUGCUGUGGGUCAAAUUUCCAGCGACGUCCGACAGGAGUUCAUACUUCUCUCUGAUAUCCUUGGCCUUUCUCUGCUCGUUGAUAGCAUAGACCACCCCAAGCCGGCCCGUUCCACCGAAGGAUCUGUUCUUGGCCCCUUCCACUCACACGAAGCGGAGGAUAUGGCGCAUGGCGACGCAAUGUCCCAUGAUGCCCAAGGCGAGUCUUGCUUAGUCCUUUGCACUAUCAAGGACUCGCACGGCAAGCCUGUCCCCGAUGUGAAGAUUGAUAUCUGGGAAACGGACUCUUCAGGGCACUACGACGUCCAAUACGCGGACCGAGAAGGUCCAGACGGGAGAUGCGUCAUGAAAAGUGAUCAGGAUGGCAACUUCUGGUUCAAGGCCAUCAAGCCAGUUUCCUACCCAAUUCCUCACGAUGGCCCAGUGGGAAAGCUCCUCGAGAAGCUGCAACGCCAUCCGUUCAGACCAGCGCACAUGCAUUUCAUGUUCGAGAGACCGGGAUACGACCACUUGAUCACAGCGUUGUACACACGCGGUGACCCUUACGAGACGUCAGAUGCUGUAUUUGGAGUCAAGGAAUCACUCCUUGUUGAAUUCCAUCCUGCUGACAAGAUGAUUGCCAAAGAGUAUGACGUGGAAAUUGGAUCUGCAGUAUUGGAGCAUGACUUUGUGCUCGUAUCGGAUAUUGAGGCUUCAGACCUACGAGAUGAGCGAAGUAAGAAAGCGUUGGCCGAUCUGGGAAGAAAGGUGAAGCUGGUUCAUGGUUUGCCCGUGCCAGAUGUUGACUGA